CAUUAAAAAUAAUCUCAAGAUGAUUGAUGAUAAUGAUGAUCCAUACGAUGAUCCCUUGUAUUUACCAGAAGAAGAUGAGCAGUAUGAAGACGAUUCAAACGAUACAAACAGUGAGGAUCUUAAUAGAAAUAACGAAUUCAUUGGUCCAAUCUUACCUGGUGGGCAUAGAUUUGAUAAAAAAUUAGUUUGUAUUAAAUAUCCUGCCAAUGUUGUUAAUGAUGAAAAAGCAAUUGAAACUUUAGGUGGUAUCACUGAAAUAUCUGAGACUGUUGGAAUCAAAAAUAGACGCAUGGAACUGAGAUUCAGACCAGAUGAUGGGUAUUGUAAACCAGCUUGUGGUGAUAGACAACAAACUAAUGGAUUUCUUCUACGAAUAAGAAUUAAAAAAUCUAGAAGACAUAAAGUCGAAGAGGAUGAAGAGCGUACUGAGAAGCAGAAUAGUACAAGCGAUGCUAGUCAUAGCCAUAGUAAUAAGAGUACAAAAAGUAAAAAUUUAAGUAUAAACAAAUUAACCAAUGAUAUUGCCAAUUGCUCGGUUGAAUCGAACAAUGCAGAACAAAAUAAAAAUGAAAAUGAUGAUAAUAUACCGCCAACAUUUGAUAGAAAUAAGUAUGAAAAUUUAGCUUCUGAUGUAGAAUAUGAACUACCAAAACUUAAAGUAUUAGGUAAAGUGGAUACAGAAUUCAGAUUUACAAGUCUAUGUGAUUUUCAAUAUUUACCUAUCACUAAAAAUAAAGAAAAUCCAACAGUUGAUGAAUGCAUUUAUGAAAAAAUUUAUCCUGUUGGAUUACCUCCUUAUAGUUGGAUGACAGAUGAUGUGCCUUUAUUCUUACCUCCAGCUGCCUUUAGUCGCAUGGAUAGUAUUCAACAAUAUAGUUUGAAAAGUGAUGUAAUUGGUAAUGAAGAAAACUUAGUAAUUGGUAAAACAAGAAAGAGACGAGCUGGUUUCUCAAAUUUCAUAAAUUUCAAUGCCCCUGAUGUACCAAGAAAUCCACCCAAGGGUAUUGAAACUGCAUUAAGAGUAAAAUUUUUGCAAUCAAGUCAUGUUGAAAAAAUGAAAAAAUACUUUGACGAGCGUCCUAUAUGGUCAAAAACAGCACUCAUGUAUGUUUCUGGAUUUUCUAAUGAACAUAUGAAAGUUUUACUGCCUGCUGUAGCUUAUUACUUCAUGACUGGACCUUGGAGAAUAACAUGGGUAAAAUUGGGUUAUGAUCCCAGGAAAGAUCCUGAAGCUAGAAAAUAUCAAACCUUGGAUUAUAGAUUAAAGGCUAUGCAUGGCUUACAUUCAUCUGUUUUGUGCAAAAGAAAUUAUUCAGAGUACACAUUACCAUAUAAAAGUACUCCUAACUCAAAGCCUAAGAUACAGGUCUUGAGUACAAAUGCAAGUUUAAGCGGAGAAAGUAACAAGAAAACUAAAACAGUGGAAGAUAACGUGUAUAUUUAUCGUCCUGGCACAAUCCCUGCUUCUAGACAGAUGUUUUAUCAGUAUUGUGAUCUGCACGUAAAAGAAAUUAAAGAUAUGUUAGAAAAAUACGUUCCUCCAUCAGUUGGAUCACCUUGUCAUGAAAAAUAUGGCUGGUUUCCAAGUCGUUUCGACGAUAUGUGUCGUGAAAUUAUAAACAAACAUGUUCGUUUGGAAUUACGAAAAAUGAUGAACAUUCCAGAAAAUCAUCCGACGUCUUUACCGCGCAAACGAAAAACAGGACCAACAGGUAGAAUUCGUAAAAAAGCAAUAAAAAAGCCUAAGAAAAAACAAACAGUAGUCAGUAAUGUAGAGCAUCAGCCAUCCGCAAUGAUGCUCAUUGAUGAAAACGACAUAAGAUCCGAGGAAGAGGAUGAAGGUGAAUGGGAAGAUGCCAACGAGGAUGCGGAGGCAGGUCCUUCAUCGCUUGAGCCAAAUGAAACCGAUGCUACGCAAUCGUAAUGAUCAGAAAAUAUAAUCUUUGUAACACGUUUUUUAAUCAUGCUGUUUUUAAAUGUAAAUUAAUUAUAAUAUCGUUACUUUUUUUAAUUAUUAGCACAUUAAAGUAUUAAUUUCAAUGGUUCAUUAAGAUAUGUAGGAAGAAAUAAGGCAUUGACUACUUCGCCUGUAAAAUACGUUUUAUUUGCAAAUUGUACAGUAUAGACGAACUGGAGGAUCCUUAAUGUUUUAUGUUUUGU